AUGAAUGCGACAGAACCUCCCACGCCUAACUCAGCACAUGGCGACACUACUCCUCCGCCUCUGAACCCUCAGACAACAGCUGAUGUCGCAACUUCAUCGUCAUCAUCUCCCUCGCCUGCUUCCGAAACCUUCGUCUUGUCUGAAGACCAUGUUCAACAGGCGCAGCCCGAUGAGCUCCGCGCCAUCAUAGCUCGCCUCAUGCCUCUUCUGCAGGAAGCUCGCUCUGAUGCCGCACAUCACAAGCUGCAGUAUCAUAUGCUUGCUAUUGAGACCACUGAAGCCAUGGAGCGCAUCCAAGUCGAAAUGGACAUGGCCCAACGUGAGACAGAUCUCCUCAAGGCUAAUGAUCCAGUCGAGCCACGCAACCCUCGUGCUGACCAUCACGCCGACCCAAGCAUUCGUCGUGUACACGCUGAUAUAUGGGACUCGAUGGUCAAGGAAACCCAAAGUCUCAAGUCCCAAAACGCUCAGCUUGAGCAACUCGUCUCACAACACAAACGGAUGGUUGUCCAACAGGAGAGCGAAAUCGCGAGUUUGAAUGAUCGCAUCACACUCUAUCGCGAACGCCUUCGUGAGAACCGCGCUCACCUCAACCGUUACCGUCGCACUGCCGGAUUUCUCGACUCACCACGCAAAAGCCAGUCUGCUCAAUCUUCUCCAUGGACUACCCGCGAGCAGGACCAGCCACCUNUUGCAGCCCUUNUGCAUGCCUCUGAUCUUAUUAGUGGAAGGAGUCCGACAACCCCACGGACUCCUACGCGCAGACGACGGGCUGCUUCUAUAACUCCAAUGCCUUACGAGACCCCUCAAACUCUUCAAUCCACACGCUAUCUGCAGGUACCGCAGACUGCGCCACCAUUGCGCAGUCUCCAAUUCCAGCACUCAGGUUCCGAACGACUUGCUUCAACCAGACAUCAGACGACAGUGCUCAGAGAAGUGCUGGUGGCCGACGAAAGUGAGGCCGAGACGGAUGUCCCCGAUCAGGAGCCAGCCAAGGAGGCUGGAAGUGUUUUGAGUGCACCCCAAACUCCUACACACAGUCGCAAAAGCUCUACCAUGAAGGCACCUUCGGACGCUGCUCAACAACAGAGAUUGUUCGGCCAGGUCAGGAAAGCGAGCAUCCAGCGCGACAACACGGACGCACCGACCAAGGCAGUCGUUCCAGGACAGGCACGUCUGUCCCAUAUCUUGAACGAAGAAAGGAACGACUUUUACCAGAAGUGA